GGUCUGCCGCGCCAAACUGCAGACAUGGAGCAGGCACCUCCGGAUCUCGAGCGGCAGUGGCAGCCGGCUCCCCUAGAGCCGCUGGGCCACGCCGACGCGGGGCUGCAGGCUGCGGUCGGUGAGGAAGCGGAGGGUUCCCGAGACGAGGUCCCCGGAGACGGCACGAUGACAGAAAAUAAUUUUGGGUUGAAGAAGAUAGAAAUUAGUGUUUCAGAAGCAGAAAAGCGAACUGGAAGAAAUGCCAUGAACAUGCAAGAAACAUAUACUGCUUACCUCAUUGAAACAAGGUCAGUUGAACAUACUGAUGGUCAAAGCGUCCUAACAGAUUCACUAUGGAGGCGGUAUAGUGAAUUUGAAUUGUUGAGAAACUACCUUUUAGUUUACUAUCCACAUAUUGUUGUGCCACCUCUACCAGAGAAAAGGGCAGAAUUUGUUUGGCAUAAACUCUCUGCUGACAACAUGGACCCGGAUUUUGUGGAAAGACGACGGAUUGGUUUAGAAAACUUUCUUUUGAGAGUUGCCUCACAUCCCAUCCUUUGUAGAGACAAAAUCUUCUAUUUGUUUUUAACACAGGAAGGUAACUGGAAGGAGACCGUGAAUGAAACUGGGUUUCAACUGAAGGCAGACUCCAGGUUAAAAGCGCUUAAUGCAACAUUCAGAGUGAAAAACCCAGACAAGAGAUUUACUGAACUAAAACACUACAGUGAUGAACUACAGUCUGUCAUCUCACAUCUUCUUCGAGUCAGAGCUAGAGUAGCAGAUCGACUCUAUGGUGUGUAUAAAGUGCAUGGGAAUUAUGGGCGAGUUUUCAGUGAGUGGAGUGCCAUAGAAAAAGAAAUGGGGGAUGGACUGCAGAGUGCUGGUCACCAUAUGGAUGUGUAUGCAUCUUCUAUUGAUGAUAUUUUAGAAGAUGAAGAACAUUAUGCAGAUCAGCUAAAGGAGUAUCUGUUUUAUGCAGAAGCACUGCGGGCUGUAUGCAGGAAACAUGAACUUAUGCAGUAUGACUUGGAGAUGGCUGCUCAGGACUUAGCAUCCAAAAAGCAGCAAUGUGAGGAACUGGCAACUGGGACUGUGAGAACAUUUUCCUUGAAGGGAAUGACUACCAAGCUCUUUGGCCAAGAAACUCCAGAGCAAAGAGAAGCCAGAAUAAAGGUGCUAGAAGAACAAAUAAAUGAAGGAGAGCAACAGCUAAAGUCUAAAAAUCUGGAAGGCAGAGAAUUUGUGAAAAAUGCUUGGGCUGAUAUUGAACGCUUCAAAGAACAAAAGAACCAUGAUUUAAAGGAAGCUCUCAUAAGCUAUGCAGUCAUGCAGAUCAGUAUGUGCAAAAAGGGAAUUCAAGUUUGGACCAAUGCUAAGGAAUGCUUUAGCAAGAUGUAAUCCUGUGAAAUGAAUUUCUCUUCAAUCAAAGUGCCCCAGAACAGAAGCACAAGUAAAUAAAAAAAAAUAAAGUUGCUAUCCAGUAUACAUAAAAAUAUAUAUAACUUGAGUAAAUUCAACUUUCUUUAAUUUGAUUGUAGUUGUGUUAAUAUAGCACAAAAAGGAUGUAUUUUAAUGAAUAUUAAAUAUUAUAAUUUGAGGUUUUGGGGACUGGUGCUGAUUCCAAAAUGUUAAUUUGAUAAUAUAUACCAGUAUAUUGUUUGUCAGGCUUCUGAACCAGUGACUGAAUGAAAGAUGUUAGAUAAUAUGUUUGUUUCAAUGCCAGUUGUUUCAGAUCUGUUUCUGUAGGGAAUUUUUCCCCAAGAUUGCAUUCCUGUCUUUACUUAGUAAGACCCACUAAUCUGUUAUAGGGGGUUAUUUUUUCUUGCCUUAUAGUUGAGCUGUUUGGUUUGACCUAGCUCAGCAGAAACUUAGUGUGAACUCUAAGGUUUUCUCUCACAUUCAUUGAUGCCCCCUAUAACAUUUGCAUACACUAGAAAAUGCCUUCAAUUUGUGUUUUACCGGAAUUUUGAUACUGGUCAGAAAUUUUAUACUGCCAACAAAGAAGACUCAACUUCUCAGAUAUAUAGUGGAACGCAUUGUUAUGAUCCAGGAAUUGCUAUAUAGAAAGUUUUAAUUGAAUAUGUUACAUGUAAGCACUAAAUUCUUCUCAAAUAAUUCUUAACCUCAGUGAUGAGCCUAAAUUUACUAUGCUUGGCUCUCUACACAUGGCAUUUCAGGGUACAAGAUGUAGCAUUUCAUUGUAUAAGAUACAUGUAGUGAACAUAUGUGUUAGUAUCUUCAUUAUUAACAUCCUUCUUCUCUAUUGCUUGGCUGUAAUUUUUGUAAAGAUAAAUUAUAUUGUUUGUAUGGUGUGUGUGUGUGUGUGUGUGUGUGUGUGUGUGUGUGUGUGUGUGUGGUAUAUGUUCAGAAGCCAAGUACCCUCAUUUUGCUAGCUUUGCAGUAUUUUAAAUGUGUUCUCAUUAUUACUAAUUAAUGUAAAAAAAAAAAAUCCCCAGUACUGUUCAGCAUUUGACUUUUUUACAUGUUUAAAAUGUUGCUGGAUUUUUGUGCUGUUUGCCAGACUUACAAUAAAUAAAUGAAGUAUUGUGCUGAU